UCUUUCUGUAGGAUCUGGAUUAACCUCCUGGGGGGCCGCAGGGCUGAGAUGAGCUGUAGGCCCCCACUGACCCGCUUGUCCCCCAUUUCUCUUACUCUCUGUACUUUUUGUAUUGAUGAGGUAGGACUAAUUAAUUUAGGAAGAUGCACCAAUUAAGCACAAGUCAAGGCAAAGUUCUUAACGUGUUGUAAACUGUAAUAGAUCGUUUCCUGUUGGUCACAUAUAUGAUAUAAGAGUGUGAUUUAAAGUGAAACCCCCAAAAUACUUUAAAGGACAAAAACAUGAGCAGAGUUUCAUCACCAAGUCACACAUCAUCACCAGUGAUGAAAUAGUAUUUAAUUUAAAGGUCCCAUAUUAUAUAAAGCUAGAUGUCCAUGUUUUAUUUGAUUAUAAAGCAGGUCGAGGUUCUAUAUUAAUACUGUGAAAGUAUCGAAGCCUGUAUUCAGAAACUGAGCCUUAAAACGAGCCACCAGGACUUCCUGUAACUUUGUGAUGUCACAACAAGGCAGUCACCGCUCUCAGCCACGCCCCAAGCCCCACCCACCUGGACCCACCAUCCAAACCUUGCAGGAUUUGGUGUUUUACUGGAAAUCUGCUUUAUUUUUAUUCUGUCACACAGAAAACAGUCAGCCAAUCAGAAGAGAGGCUCAGAACCUCCUCCCUUCUGAUUGGCUCACAGACCUGUUGUUACUAGAGCUCCAGAGAGAAGCCUGAGAGAGGAGAUGUAAAACUAUUUGGAGACGGUUUUUGAUUCUUAAAAACCACAAAUAUAUCUUCUUAAGGAUCAACACUUCAAAUAAAACAUGAAAAGUGUAAAAUAUGGACCUAUAAAACCGACUGCAUAAAACACAACAACAGAAACAGAAGAAUACUGUCUGUUGCCCUGGUGCAUGCUGGGAGAUUCCUUUCGGGCCUACAUUGGGAUUCUGCAAUCUAAACUCAUAGAUUUCAGUUUGACUCCAGUAUCAGUGUUUGUAAUGUGAUCCAACUAAGAAAUAAAACUAAAAUCCAAAUUCUUACACAAGAAUAAAGACAAUGUUUUAAAAGUGUUGGACAUUGAAUAAAGAGGAGCAUUGCCGUAUGUUUUUCAGUGUGAACUGAAACAUUUUAAAUUUGAUUUGAACUCAGGGUCCUUAUAAGAUAGGGCCCUGGUUUGGUCAGAAUGGAGGGGUCACUUUAAGGUCCCUAUCUCCAGAUUACAUUGUGCUCCAGACAGGAUCAGAGCUUCAUUUUCAACUGUUGGUGUUCCAGUCUUUUUUUCUUUUUUUUUCUCCAGACUGGAUUAUCUAUAAAUCCACUUUAUUUUAUUGCCUCCUGUUACAUGUGAUGUGAGUUGGUGAUUCUGCAAAGUGCGUGUACAGUAACUUGACUUGCACCGUGCGCAGCACCAUGGACAGCGCAGCGACAUGUGCAGCCGAGUCCGCACUGGAGCGCAGAUCUCCCGCUGCUGCUGCUGCUGCUGCCGGGAUGCACAAACACUGAUGUGCCCAUCCGAGUCCAAGUCAACCCUCUGUGUCCAUACAGUGAGUAGGAGUGGUCACUGUGGGAGGGGUCGCGUGGUGAGAGGAGGAGGAAGGGGAGGAGGUGGGGGUGGUUGGGGUGAUGCAGUCACUUUGUGCCCCAGCAGAUAUUCACCCGCGGAGGUAAAAGCUUGCAGGCGCGUGGAGAUGCUCAGGCCUGAACUCGGAUGAAUCGUGACACUUGGAAAAAGAGGAAAAACACAGAGACAGAAGGAGCAACGCCCACCGAUUAGAGUCUGGAGUGUGUGGAGACAUAAAAAUGUGGAGCCUUCAAAAUACGAGCAGUUCGUGACACGCAUGGUUAACUCAGAGGCCCCCUGCACCACGAGGGAAAACACACACAAGCAUUAUCGUUUUCUUUUUCUUUUCUUUUUUUGUUUUUGUUUUUUUCUCCACAUCAGCUCAGAGCGAGCGGCGGACAGUGGAGCUGUGGAGUGCGCUUUGGAUGUGCGCAACGGAGCAUGAGUGCCACUGCGGACGCGGAGCGCGCUCUGAGCUUUUAUAAAUCUUGAAGUGUCUCAUUUCUCUUCGGCUCCAACUUCUGCAUAUCUGAAAAAAAAAACAAAACGCAUAUAUAUUGAAUGUGAGGAAACUCUUCGUCGCGAUGGAACCUGUUGUCGUCGAUGGUUUGUUUCGUGCUUGGAAUAUUUUUUUGUUUUUGCUCUUCUAACAAGUGAUCUGAUCCAGGAGUAAAGCAGCUGGGAAGCGGGAAUAAGCCUGUGAAUGUUGUAUGGUGCGAUGAUCUGCGCAUCGUGUGAGUUACAGUUCCUAACUUCAUCCCCGUGACUCUGAGACUCUCCUGUCUUCCCGACGACUCAGCACAUUUGUGAUGAGGAUGAUGAGCGCCGUUCGCGGGGAAGAUGUGAGGAUUUCACGGACAGUAAACUGAUGUCUUCUUGUCUCCGUGUGGAGAAUGGCUGCUAAAAAUAGCCUGGCUGCUGAUGAGGUUACAAUGAACAGGUUGGUGUUCAGCUGAAACUUAGAGACAUGUGGAAAGAUGCUCAGUUCUAGGACAUUGUAAUUCACAUCACAGACAAAGUGAGAGUGGAGCAUCAAAGGGAAGAAAGGAAAGCAUCGUUUAUUUGGCUGGGAGCGUUUAUUCACAUCAGAGUAGUUCACUUGAGGAGAACAGAGACCAACAGGCGAUCUUGGGAGCAGCUUGUUGAUGGCACUGCGCACCGGGAGGACUUGGUUUGGGCAGGUCUUGCGCAGGGUCUCUCGGCUGCAAGGCUCCUGGUCCAGGCGAUCGAGCAGUCUCUUGUGUCUCUCCGCGAACCAGGAACAGGAUCUUGGGGUCUGUCACCGGGAUCACCACAAGGCGGGGGACUUCCACCGCUGCUCCGUCUCCGGCGUCCACCGCGGCCACCGUCACCACCGGAGCGCACCUUUCUGCGCCUCCGCCUCCAGGCGCUGUCCACACGGCUUCCCUCACGCUUGCUGCGCCUUCCCGGGGAAUCCGAGGGGACAUGAGCCCCUCGGUCGCCGGUUCCUGUUGGCCAUGAAGCGGCAAAACGUGCGGACCUUGUCCCUGAUCAUUUGCACGUUUACAUACCUGCUCGUCGGGGCCGCCGUCUUUGACGCCCUGGAGUCCGACUUCGAGAUGCGGGAAAAAGAGCAGCUGGAAGCGGAGGAGAAGCGUCUCCAGGGGAAAUAUAACAUCAGCGAGGAUGAUUACCGCAAACUGGAGACCAUCAUCAUGGAGGCAGAGCCCCACAGAGCCGGGGUGCAGUGGAAAUUUGCAGGGUCAUUUUACUUUGCCAUCACGGUUAUAACCACCAUAGGCUACGGGCAUGCAGCGCCGGGGACCGACGCAGGGAAGGCCUUUUGCAUGUUUUAUGCCGUCCUGGGAAUCCCUCUGACUCUUGUCAUGUUCCAAAGCCUGGGCGAGAGGAUGAACACUUUUGUCAAGUACCUCCUGAAGCGUAUCAAGAAGUGCUGCGGCAUGAGCAUCACCGACGUGUCCAUGGAGAACAUGGUGACCGUGGGAUUCUUCUCUUGCAUCGGCACGCUGUGCAUCGGGGCCGCCGCUUUUUCCCAUUAUGAGGACUGGAGCUUCUUCCAGUCGUACUAUUACUGCUUCAUCACAUUAACAACUAUAGGCUUUGGGGACUUUGUGGCCCUCCAAAAGAACCGGGCCCUCCAGAAGAAGCCCCUGUACGUGGCCUUUAGCUUCAUGUAUAUCCUGGUGGGCCUGACGGUCAUCGGGGCCUUCCUCAACCUGGUGGUGCUCCGCUUCCUGACAAUGAACAGCGAGGACGAGCGGCGGGACGCGGAGGAACGUGCCUCGCUCGCCGGCAACCGGAACAGCAUGAUCAUCCACAUCCAGGACGAGUCGCUGCAGCGUAGUCGGCGGCGACGUGAGCCGUACAGGGCGGAGGUGACUGAUUUGCAGUCGGUCUGCUCCUGUAUGCACUACCACUCGCAUGACUUCAGCAGCUCUGGGGGAGGGAUGGGAGGCCUGGGCUGUGCCUUCUCCCAUCAGAACUCAUUCAGCUCGCAGCUGAACCCCAAUCAGUACUUUCACUCGGUUUCCUACAGGAUCGAGGAGAUCUCGCCCAGCACCUUGAAAAACAGCUUCUUCCCUUCGCCCAUCAGCUCGGUGUCUCCGGGCCUUCACAGCUUCACAGAAAAUCACCAGCUCAUGAGGAGAAGGAAAUCUAUCUAAACCCUUACACACACACACACACACACACACACACACACACACACACACACACACACACACAUAUACACACACAUACACACACAGGACAAAAUGAGUUUCCAUGUUUUAUAUACAAGGUCAAACAUUUCCAAUGCUGCUCCUUACCAAAUCUUAUUUCAGCACUUUUUUCCCCCUGUUUGGUUGUAUGUAAUAUAAGACGAAUUCUUGGGAACGGAGGAAGAACACUGCGCCGAACAGCAAGCGUGGACACAAUGGGAUGCAAAGCAUGAAGCAUGGAUGUCUAUUUUUUCAAGAGAUUGCUCCAUUUAAAAAAACACUAAACACAAACUACGAGACCUUCCUUAUUACAGAUUUGCAGUACAAAAUUGAUAUAUUAACUUUGGUUACAUACCAAAUGAUGCACACUUGGGGAAAUGCUAUUUUUCAAAAGGGAGUAUGCUUGUUUCACCUUAACUUGAAGAAACUUUUACCGUUAUGUACUACUCCAUUGCCUCACUGCAGACAGAGAAUUUAAAAUGACUUAAAGCAUCAGGUAUUGUUUUCUAUAAGCAAUCAUAUAUUUCAACGGUUUCACCACACCAUCAAGCCAAAAUAUCGUUGCCAAUAUUAGCAUGUGCAUUAGAUGUCAUUUAAUAAGUGUGCCAUGGUUUUGUGACAUUCUUUAGUCUGUUUUCGGAGCAGCGGAGUGACGGGGCAUCUGUUUGUCUUGGAUUCAAAGGAUCAUGCUGCUGUUAUUGACAUUUCCCUCCUCCAUCGUCUAAAAAUCCAGAUCUGGCCACAAAAACUUUAAUUUCACCCAUUUUUCACAAA